AUGCCUUUUAACAACUCAGCAAAAUUAUAUGGCGAACGGGGCGAACUCAUAACGAAGAACUUACGCAAUCACGGACACGCACUUAUGUACGGUUUCUUUGGGUUGAGCGGUAUCGUAGAUCUCAUAAUGUGGUAUCGCUUUCUACCCCUUCCACCAAAAUUCGACUAUUUAGUACUAUCACUUGCUUUCUGGGUGGAAGGAUUCCUGUUCUAUCUCCAUCUUCACGGAAGAGAUGAACUCAACGUGCAUGUUCAUUGUAUUCUUUACAUUCUCGUUUUUGUUACUGCCCUCGUUUUCUUCUUAGCUGUUGUUUCCGAUCGGUUUGCCCCCUUUGUGAGUUUUUCUAGAUCUUAUUUACUAAGCUUACAGGGAAGUUGGUUUUUCCAGAUUGCUUCAAUUCUUCAUGGCAGCAGACCUUGGGAAAACACAUCCGGAAAUAUGGAGCUCUCUGGAAUCGUAUUUUCCUGCCAUGCUCUGGUUCUAUUUAUAUUUCAUCUAUCUGGUCGCAUUAUAUGUUUCCGUUUUUUGGCCAGACAGGACCAACUAAACGAACUCCUUUUGGGUAACUAUUCGGAAGAAGAAGAGGAAUGCAGUCAAGGCCAAGAUCAGGCAGAAUAG